GGCCCCCGUAGCGUUCGGACGUGUGACGCGUUCGUUGCCGACACCUGUGGCACCAUAUUCGCGGUUCGACAUUUUGUUUACCCAGGAUCACAGUGAUAGUGUUAUGUGUUUGUGAAUGGAUUGCUCCUUUAAGAUUCUGGGUCCGCGUCCGUUGGCAGUGCUGUGUCGGUUUUGAUCAAACUGUAGUGAUUUUGGUGACAGUGUUUCGAAACAAAAUGUGGAGGUGAUCUAACUUUGGAACGAUAUGUGCUGUGAUUUUCAAAAUGUGCUCGAAAUUAGAUUUCGCUGUCAUUCUGUGCGCACUUCCCAUAAUCGCCUGUUUCCAACAGCAAUACUUCAGGGUCCCACCAAAGAGUUUGAGGGUCCAGGAAGGAUCAGAAGCCGUUCUAGAGUGCGCUGUUGCUAAUCUGGCUGGCCAGGUUCAAUGGGCGAAAGAUGGAUUUGCUCUUGGCUUCUCAUCAGUUAUACCGGGAUAUCCUCGCUACACGAUGUUCGGGGAUCGCCGUCACGGUAUCUACAACCUUCGCAUCAUAAACACCACUUUGGAAGACGAUGCUGAAUAUCAGUGUCAAGUUGGACCAGCCCAAAUGCACAAAGUCAUUAGAGCGAACGCCAGCCUUACAGUUAUAUCGCCACCCAAUGCCGUGGAGAUCGUGAAUCAUCCCCACAAUUCCAAGCUGGAGGUAAAGGAAGGAGAGGAUGUGGUGCUAGAAUGUCAGGUGAAAAACGCCAAACCAGCUGCCAAGAUAGUGUGGUACAGAGGAAACCAGGAGAUGAAAGGGGAUAAAGUUUCAAGCGAAGACAUCAAAGAAGUCGAAGCCGCUAACGGAAAUCCCAAAUCAACGAGAUACACAACAAUAUCCAGAGUUCACUUCAAAGCUACUUCAGAGGACGAUUACGCUGAUUUUACUUGUGAAGCACGCCAUGAAGCGCUUCAGAGGGACCUGCCGAUGCGCAGCACGGUACAGCUCAGUGUACUAUAUCCACCUGGAGCACCAUAUAUUGAAGGUUAUGCAGAGGGCGAAACUGUUAGAAGAGGACAAAGUCUCGAGCUGGUUUGCCGGAGUAGGGGAGGGAAUCCGCCAGCACAGCUGAUAUGGUACAAGAACGGCGAGCAAAUACGAAUGGCAUACAGGACAAGCGGCAGGAUGUCCGAAAACGUGUUGUCUUUCAAGGCGGAUGCGUCUGAUAACAAAGCGAGAUACACUUGUGAGGCUAAAAACAUCAUGAUAAGCAACACGCUGAAGGCCGAAAUAGAUCUCACUGUUCUAUUUGCACCAUCCCACGUGACGAUAUCUGGCCCUUCAGAGGCGAGGGUCGGUGAUCCAGUACCCUUAAGUUGCAGCACGGCCCCUUCAAACCCAGCUGCUGAUAUCAAAUGGUUGGUCUUAGGUAAACAUCACAGGGAAGCAAGCAACAGAACCGUCAUAUCUCCCGAUGGUGGUUGGAUCACCACAUCUAAUAUCACAGUGGUGGUGGAGCCACAUCGGCGGUCGAUCGUCGUGGUAUGCCACGGCAUUAACGGACAACUGACUGAGAACGUGGUCGCCACACACACCAUCAAUGUACUAUAUCCACCUUCAGCUCCAAUGAUAACUGGUUACAUUCCCGGGACGACUCUCUCAGCUGGGACGGUUCAAAAGCUGUCCUGUAUAUCCACUGGUGGAAAUCCGUUGGCUACCUUGACCUGGUUUAAGAAUGACAAAAAGAUACAUUCAAUAACUAAAACCACGGACAAGUCGGUGUCGGCUGAGAUAUCAAUACUGACAAACGUGACUGACAACCAAGCGCAGUAUAGAUGCGAGGCGACGAACAGCGCCACAGAGAUACCGCUCUUUGAAACUGUCACUCUGAAUGUACAUUUCGCACCCGAGACUGUAAAAGUUAGAGCAUCACCCGCCGAGCUAACUCCUGGUAUAGAAGGCACACUCUACUGCGACGCCGCUUCUAGCAAUCCACCCGCCACGCUAUCCUGGUGGAGGGAUGGGAUACCAGUUCAAGGCCUGCCGAUGCAGUUAAAGAAGGGCCUCCACGGUGGUACCGUCUCUACCGUAGAGUUAAAGCUGAAUAUCACCAAGGAGCUAAAUGGCGCCGUUUAUACCUGCCAGGCUUCAAACGACGCUCUGCAAAGAAGCGUCCACGACGCUUUGACUCUUAAAGUAUUCUAUCCGCCGAUAUUCGACGACACGCCCCUCUCGAUUGUGGGGGUUGAAAACGACCCGUUGGUUGUGAUGCUGCGAGCUGACGGGAACCCCUCCAGCAUCACGUACACCUGGACCAAGGACGGUCUGCCGGUCACACAGGCUUCAUACAGCAGUGCCAACGAUCGUAUCGUCUCGUCGGGCGGGACUUUGAAUAUGACUCGUGUGUCACGACACGAUGCUGGGACUUACUCCUGUGAAGCUCUGAACGCUUAUGGCAGCGCUCGGAUUAACAUAACAGUUAAUGUGCACUAUCCAGCCGAUAUUAAAUCUGUCUGGCAGACAGGUAUUGUGGAUCCUAACGAUAACGCUGUACUGGCGUGUACGGCCAGCGGGAACCCGUUAACAUCGGAUCACAUAAAAUGGGAGCGCAAAAACUAUGACAUGUCGACGAAAUUAGUGACAUUUGAAUCUAAGAACCAAACUAGCUAUCUGACGAUAGAGAGAGCGGCGAGAGAGGACGUCGGCUCGUUUGAAUGCGUGGUGAACAACGGCAUCGGCGGCGAGACUCGCCACGAAGUGAUGUUGGUUGUCAAAUUCAAACCUGAAAUGAACACCUCGCCGACACUCGCCAAAUCCGCGUCCAAUGUCGGCCAAGUCGGGCGGCUAACUUGCAAAUGCAAGUCCGCCCCGGCACCUAACUUCACGUGGUCGAAGGGCGGCGUUAAGCUCCCCGUGAACACGUCUACGAAGUACUUCGCUGAGUAUCACAGGAACGACCAGAUCACAUACACCUCUGUGUUAUUAAUAAACGACAUAAGCACGUCGGAUUACGGCGCAUACGAGUGCGGGGCGAGGAACGACCUCGGCUUCGGGUCAGUCUCCGUAAAAUUGGAUGUCACCGGUCCGCCAGACCCGGUGUCGUCUAUAGUUGUAACCAACGUCACCCACGACACCAUAACCCUAGAGUGGGUGCCAGGCUUCGACGGCGGGUUGACCUCCUGGUUCAGAGUUCGUUAUCGCAAACCCCACGACUCCACAUACACGUAUCACGACGUAACCCCCAACACGACCCACUAUACUGUGUCGGGGUUGGAGCGACACACGGACUACGUACUGUCCGUCAUGGCGGUCAACGGAAUGGGGGAGAGUCGCUACAGACCUGAUGAUACGAAGGCUACGACCCUCACUUCAUCAGAAGUUGGUGAACUGAACGUAGUUUCUACGGAGCAUGUAGAAACGGCCGACGUGUCUAAAUCAGUAGUUUUAUACGUGUGCGUGACAGUCGCUGUGUUAGUUAUUAUAAACGCUGUUUUAGUUGCUUGUUUUGUAUUGAAACGACGCUCCAAGCGCUCCAAAGAGCAAGCUGGGCAGUCGUCAAAAUCAACGCCCAUAGAAAUGUACGCUCCGUCAUCUUACAACGACACUAUGGGCGAAACACUAAGCUCAGUGUCAGAGAAAUCUGAAACGUAUUCACAAGAUGAAGCGCCCCCCGUGCCUGACGUGCCCAGCAUGCCGAGACACAUGAUGAACCAGUCGGAUUCUUAUCUCCUGGAUGAGAACCUGGUCCCUCCCCCCUUAGACUACCCUCCGCCCAACUACGUGUAUGACGAACACGCGAGGACUCUACCACAUCCACACAGACUACGAGAGGUCCGGGGACACAGCACCCUCGGGCGGACGGCCGGUAAACAAGCGUACGUACCGACGCCGAGUCCGAUGCCACCAUUAGACGGCUCCUACUACAAUAUGGCGUCCGAUAGAUACCUGUCUUACCCACCACUCAUUGGAGAAUAUUUACAACAGCAAGCCGGUAGAACUCCGACUCCGCCACAGCAAUACUCUAGAGAUAAUCAUCUGAGUCCACCGAACUGUGGAAUCGAUGGUGAACGAGCUGUCCCCCCUGAUGUGACUGUUCUUCACCCCCCAGUAUGUACACAGCAAUUUCCGUUAAACCCAUCUCUAUCUGUGAAGCAACCGCAGUCCAUACUAAAAGAUCCGUCGAGGCAUAAAUAUAGCAACCAAUACGGCAGUCCCAUAUCCUCUAGUUCGCCUCAGAACCAAAGUCAAAUAUUGACAGUUCAGAAUUUAACGGAUGUACCACAGUACGGUACCAUAAAGAAAGACAAGAAACAAAACGUCACUAUAGACGAAUCAUUCAACAAACAACAAACGCACGUAGUUUAAAAUUUAAAUAAAUGACAAAGUGUAUCAAGUGUACGAAGCGUAUGAGUGCAAAGUGUACGAAGUGUAUUAAAUGUACCAAGUGUACGAAGCACAUGAAGUGUGUGAAGUGUAAAUGUAAAAGUGAAGUGAACCGUAAUCUAUUGUAAAUAGAUUGACAGAAUUAGAUAGUUUUAAAUUCAUUGAUUGUGAUACCAAUGAACGGUAGAUAGCUGUGACUAUUGUUUGACUGAUUCGUUAAUUUAAAAUAAUUUCAACUUAGACAAGACGUCCAGAAGACGAGCACUCGUCAUGAAGUUCCCGAAAGGAUCUCUUAUACGGUUAAGUUUUUAUUUUUAAUUAUUAAAAUAAAAAAAUUGUAUUAAUAUAUGAGAAUUCUAAAUUUCUCGAAAUAUUGAUGGAGUUAAUUAAUAAAAAAAAUUAGGACACUAUUUUAAUCGAAAUGAUUCUUUUGUAUUUUUUUUUUUGUUAGUUUUAAUCACGUUUUUCUUUGGAAAACUAGUUCCGAUAUAAUUUUCUCUUGUAUAAAUCUACGGAGCAUUCGUUGCAUUUCGUUUAAUGUAAAUAUAAUACUCAGAUCGCGAACUGACAAUAAUUAUAAGUUUUUAUUAAUUUCAUUCCCCGCUUGCACACACUCAUUGUAAAUAAAUCAUUAUUGUAAUUUACAUAGCUUUUCUAAUACGAAAAUAAUCGGUUUUAAUACAGAUACCAAAGUUUUAUUAAUUUUAUUUCUAAGUUAUUAAGCUAAUUUUUAGUUUUUAUUUUUUUUUUUCCUGUUUUAUUACUAUUAUUAUUAUUUUUAUUUCGAUUCUGUAACAGCUAAUAAAUUCAUAACUGAUUGAAUUUAAUAAUUAACAAUUAUUAUCAAAAU